AUGGAGGACGCCCCUUCUUCUCGACAAGCUGAAGUCGAUACCCCCGAAGGCUCUAUUGGGGGCGAUGAAAACCAGGGCCAGACACCUGCCGCGAAGGGCCAGUCGGUCAAAGACCGAAAAUGCCAAUACUGCCAACAAUCCUUUACCUCAUCCUCUCUUGGUCGACACCUCGACCAAUUCCUUUUUAAGAAGAAACCCGACGGUAUACACAAUGUUGAGGAGAUCCGACGUCUUCGAAGUGGUAUCACCCGACGCCAGGCGCGCACCUCGACCGGCAAACGAGACACCCCUGAGCGAAUCACGGCGAAAGGCCAAUCGGAUCUGUACGGCGCUGGAGAGAAUGGUGGGAAAUCACGGGAUGGUCAAGUCCGUAUGAUGUUUAACACGCCAACGUGGCAUGCGACCGGUGUUAUCAAUGAUAUUCCGAAUCCGAACAAUCCCCAGGAUGGCGCUGCGCGGUACACGCCGUCGCAGUCCCGGACGGGGUCUAUAAACUUGCCAGACUAUGCUAGUCGAAAUGCAAGCUCGCAGAAUCCCGAUACUAUGAAGGCAUUGGAAUUGGCCUUGCGAGAGGUCUUGGAUAAUAUUAGAGCUGCAACUUCCAGGAUGCGGCCACGGAUUUCUCCAUUUGAUUUUGAUAUUCAGUCUCAAACGUUUCCAUCGCUUUGCUUACAACUGCUUCCGCCUCCCCCGAGCCUUUUCUCCGCGGCUCCAUUCCCAUCUCCUUCCUUCUUUCCCUUGGAACCUCCGGGAGCUGAGCAUCUGGAGAUCGUUCGACAAGCUCUUCGGGCCAAGAUUGCGCAAUGGCAAUCAGAUCAACUUUCUCCUGAUGCUACGAACAAUUCUCAGCCCGGAAGGUUCGGUAUGGGUAUGGAUUCUAGUAUGAUUGCUCGAGGUGUCCAGCAGCACGAGGAUAUGAGCUUGAGGCAUCUUGAAUUGGCAUAUAAACAUUGGAUGUCGCUUCCCCCGGAGGAGAAAGACAGUGUAUGGAAACUAGAAAUCACCCGCUCAUUCGCCCGGGAAAUGGACAAACGGAAGUCCGUGGACGAACAGUUAGCGCGCGUUCAGCAAGAGGCAAAUCAACUCCGCGCGCAGGUCGAGAGACUCGGUUCCUGUCAAUGGCCAAGAGAGUUUGCUCUCUUCCCACCAGAUACUCUCCCAUUACCACGCGAUAUUGCUCGAGAACUGGACGCAAAGGAAAGCCAUCUCAACCCUCAUUCUCCUCGAUGGGAUUACGAAAACGUGGUGGCCAAGUGGAAACGAGUGGUUAUGCAUGAUCGAAGCAUGGGCCGGGUUGGUGUAGGACUUUCGAACCCCGUCCUCGAUGAAAGCGAGAAUUCUCCGGAGCAGCCCAAACAACAUACGGGCGACGAAUCCAGCCACGGCCGUUCGAAAUCUAUGCAGGGUGCCCGCGCUUCAAGUCCUGAAAAUCAACAAUCUCCCCAACCUGGUGGUCAAUCUGCCUCGUCCAGCCAGUAUCGCUCGCCUUACCUUGAAUCCAGCCGGAGUCCCGUAGCUGGCGGACCACCAGCCAAACGUGCUCGCCUGAUGAACGGAAAUGGCAAUGGAAACGGUCCUGAGGGACCUGCUGCUCCUUCUCCGAAUCAAAGUGGCCCUAGCGCUUCUCACUCUUGGAACUCUCACCACCCACCUCAACCUCUUACGGUGUCUAACCUCGCAACACCCUCUGCCCCAACACCUUCUCCAUCUAAUUCUGGUGCAUAG